AUGCUGGGCGCUCCCCAGCCCGGGGCUCACCUAAUCCCCGCAGUGGGAGCCGGGGGGCACCCGCACCUGGGCCGAGGGCUAGGGUUGCAGCGCGGUCACGUCAUACGGCAGCAUGUGCAGCUGAGGCCUCCCCCCCGUGUAGCAGGCUCCCGCCAGGCGGGCAGCGAGGUCAGCUUGGCAGCCACUGACGCUUCAGCCCCGAUCUGGCCGCAGGCAGCCGAUUCCCCCGGACCCGAGGAGGUGAUGGCCGAACAAGAAGCCAGUGGGCUGCAGGUCCUGCUGCAUACGCUCCAGAGCUCCUCUGACAAGGAGUCCACCCUGGCCAUCCUCCAGGUCCUCGGAGAUCUGCUUUCUGUUGGCACAGACCGGAGGAUUCGCUACAUGAUCAGCAAGGGUGGCAGCGAAGCCCUUCUGCAGACUCUGGUGGACACAGCCAGGACGGCUUCUCCAGACUAUGACAUCCUCCUGCCUCUCUUCCGACUGCUGGCCAAAGUUGGCCUACGAGAUAAAAAGUUUGGACAGAAGGCACUGGAAUUGGAAGCACUGGAUGUGACAUUGAUUCUGGCCAGGAAAAACCUGUCCCACAGUCAGAACCUUCUCCACUGUCUCUGGAUGCUGCGUGUGUUCGCCUCUAGUGUCACCACAGGAGCCAUGCUGGGAAUUAAUGGAGCGAUGGAACUACUUCUCAAUGUCAUCCCCCCUUACACCCAGAGUUGCACCCGAGUAAUCAGGGCAUCCGCUGAAGUUCUGGCAGCAUUGCUGAAAUCCAAGUCUAACAGUCGCAGGGCAGUGAACAGAGGCUACGUUGCCAGCUUGCUGAGACUGCAUCAGGACUGGCACAGCCAUGACCCUGCCAAUUCCUACGUGCUGAUCCGCCGGGCGCUUCUGCUCUGCCUCAAGCAUGUUACCAACCUCCGAUCCGGCAGGGAGGCCUUCCUGGCGGCUCAGGGCAUGGAGAUCCUUUUUAGUACCACACAGAACUGCCUGGAUGACAAAAGUCUGGAGCCUGUCAUCUCCCUUGUGCUUCAGAUCCUGAGGCAAUGCUACCCUAAGAGUCCACUUCCCUUGGUCACAGCCAGCAGUGCUUAUUCCUUCCCAGUCCCUGGGAGCAUCACCUCUGAACCUCCACGUGUCCUAACUGAAGAAGAUUUUGAAGAUGAUGGUGAGGAAGAAGAGGACAAAGACUCAGAUUCCGAAGAUGUGAAAGAGGAAGAUGAUGACUUGGAAACAGAUGUGAACAAGCUAAGCCCCAAACCUGGUCUUGAUCGACCGGAAGAGGAACUGACGCAAUACAAGGCGAUGUGUCUUGAGCUGUCCUGCAGCUUUGAGGAACUGGAGUCCAAACCUGAAGAUGAUUUGAACUUUGAUGAGACUCAGUAUGCCAAUCACCACCACAUUCCGACUGCUGCCUCCCCAAAGGGGCUUUGCUUGAAUAAGGACCAAAUCUCCUGGGGACAAGAAAGAGAAGUCCCUGUCCAGACCUCCCUUCUAAGCAGAGUGAAGAUGGGGAGGUCCAACAUACAUCUAACCUCCAAAAAAGGACCUGGAAUGAACCCAUACCAAAAUGCACAAUCCAGUGCUCUUGGGAUAGGUUCUUCUGGAAGUGAAAUCUCAGACAUUCAGGCAUCCUUCAAAGAGGAUGCUUGGGACAUAGAUGUGAUUUCCUGCCCAAGGAUAAGCGCAUCCUUUUCCAAUUCCACCAAACCUAGAGAAACUGCUGAAUUAAUGGAUAAGCUACUGCAGAUAUAUCUGAAGCAUAUCGCCUUCCAUGACCCCUAUCUUUAUAUGGCCAAAGCCAGAAGAACCAGAUCUGUGGCUGACUUCACAAUGAUGGCAUUUCCUGACUUCUGGGGACAUCAUCCACCUCUUUCUGCCCAGUCCAUGUUGGAUCGUAAAUGUGGAGUCCAAAGGAUCAAGAUAUUUGAGGAUGUCCGGAGGCUCAUCCAACCAAGCGAUGUGAUAAAUAAAGUUGUCUUCAGUCUAGAUGAGCCUUGGCCUUUGCAAGAUGCCACUUCUGACUGCUUACAGUUCUUCUCCCAGUUUGAGUCAGGAAAUCUUCGCAAAGCCAUCCAAGUCCGUGAGUUUGAGUACGACUUACUGAUCAAUGCUGAUGUGAACAGCACGCAGCACCAGCAGUGGUUCUACUUCAAGGUGAGCGGUAUGCGGGCUGCUGUCCCUUACCGCUUCAACAUUAUCAACUGUGAGAAGGCCAACAGCCAGUUCAAUUAUGGGAUGCAGCCAACUCUGUAUUCUGUGAAGGAGGCUCUUCUUGGCCGACCUACCUGGGUACGGACGGGCUAUGAAAUCUGUUAUUACAAGAAUCAUUAUCGCCAGAGCACAGCCGGCACAGGGGCAGCGUCUGGGAAGUGCUAUUACACCCUCACCUUCGCCAUCACCUUCCCGCACACCGAGGAUGUCUGCUACCUGGCCUACCACUAUCCCUACACCUACACCGGCCUCAUGACUCACCUUGACAUUCUGGAAAAAAGUGUGAACCCCAAGCAGGUCUACUUCCGGCAGGAGGUUCUCUGCCAGACGCUAGGAGGGAAUUCCUGUCCACUGGUGACCAUCACUGCCAUGCCCGAGUCUAACAGUGCUGACCACCUGGAGCAGUUCCGGCAGCGCCCAUACCAGGUGAUUACCGCUCGAGUUCACCCAGGAGAGAGCAAUGCCAGCUGGGUGAUGAAGGGGACCUUGGAGUUCUUGGUCAGCAGUGACCCUGUGGCUAGACUCUUGAGGGAAAACUUCAUUUUCAAGAUCAUCCCCAUGCUCAACCCAGAUGGUGUCAUCAAUGGCAAUCACAGAUGCUCACUGAGAGGGGAGGAUUUGAACAGACAGUGGCUCUCUCCUAGUGCUCAUCUCCAGCCCACAAUUUACCACGCCAAAGGACUCCUCCACUACCUGGGCAGCAUUGGCCGGAGUCCCAUGGUCUUCUGUGAUUUCCACGGUCACUCCCAAAAGAAGAAUGUGUUCCUUUAUGGUUGUAGCAUCAAAGAGACUUUGUGGCAAGCAGAGUCCACUGUGGGCACAUCCAAUCUCUUGGAAGAUGUCAGCUACAGGAUGCUUCCCAAAAUCCUUGAUAAACUAGCACCAGCAUUCACCAUGAGCAGCUGCAGCUUCCUUGUGGAGAAAUCCCGAGCCUCCACAGCCCGGGUAGUGGUGUGGAGAGAGAUGGGGGUAUCCAGAAGCUACACCAUGGAGAGCAGCUACUGUGGCUGCAACCAGGGCCCUUAUCAGGGUCUGCAGUUUGGUGUCAGUGAACUGGAGGAGAUGGGAGCCAUGUUCUGCUUGGGCCUCCUCAUCUUGGAACUCAAGUCUGUAAGCUGCAGCCAUCAGCUCCUGACCCGCGCAGCAGCUCUACUGAAUGCCGAGGAGGAGUCUCUGGACCACCAUCUCCAGCGAUGCAGCAGAAACAGCAGCGUCGCUUCAGAACUGGAUGAUGAGCCUCCCUGCCUGGAGGAGAUUGAUUAUGGUGCCGACAGCAGCUCCGACCAGGAAGGGAGCUUCUCCGAGCUGGACCGGCAGAUCCAGGAGUGCGCUUUCCACAGGGAUGAGGGAGAGGAAGAAGAGGAGAGGCCAGGGCAGGGAAGAAAGUCCAUCCCGUAACCCUGAGGUUCAUAGCAAGUUCUGUGCCUCUAACCAUUGGAUUAGCUGCUAUGUUGUUGCUUUACCAUCAGACACACACCAUGCAGGCACAGAAAGCCAGACCAUGUGAGGUCAACAUCCCUACAUCUAGAUUUUCUUCAAGUUUCACUAUGCAUAGAGAGUGGCUACUUCUUAAUUAGAGCAUCAUGCAUAUAUAGUUAGGUGGCUACAUGCACGCUAUCGUUAUGCUAGAAUGGGAGACUCUCACGAUGGCUGUGGAGCCCCUGAAGACUGUUUCAAGCUCUUCUCCAGUCCUGUGCUUGAAACGGGAGCAGACUGGAAGCAGUAGGAGUUGGAAUUUAUUUGUGCCUUCUCAGCCAGAAUUCAGAAUUCUAAAUGGUUGUUAAGUUGUUCUUUAUGUGUGUCAUCAUCUCCUAUUGUCUCCCUGCUAGAGCAUCUGAGGUCCUCAGCUCAACACAUGAGCCCCACUGAGGCUCUGAGGUUCCUGGUAGGGUCUUCUUUUGUUGAGUGAUUGAACAUGAAAAGCUGUACAGCCGAGUAAUCAUCCUUGGUCUGUUGGAACAGUAUACAUUUUGCAGAUAUAGAUCUGCAGAAGAUCCCCUUCUAAAGGAAGGGGGAUGAUAGUGAGUAAGACGUGGCCACUGGUCUUUACAAAUUUGAAAAUCCUCUGAAAUUCAUAACCCUGCAAGGCAGCAAAUCAUAGUGGACAGUUCAUUCAUUCACUCAGAUAGAUGUGCCUCAUAUCUGAUCUGGCAGUUACUUGUUACGAGAACUGAGGCAAGUCACUAAACCUCCCUAAACCACAGUUCAAUGGAGAUGAGUGUAUCUAUAUCACAGAGUUGUUGUGAACAUGAAACGGGAUAAUGUGUAAAAGUAUGCAGUUUGGCACAGCGUAGACAAUAACAUUGGCUUAUUUUCCUCCGUAACACAGGCAGAACAUUCGAUGGGUGUAUUCUCGUAGUUAACAUUCUAUGAAGUCACGUGGUUGGGAAAUACUCCCUCUUCCUGGAGGGGAUCAGGGCAGGAGCUUCCGUAGGAACAGAGACUAGGAGGUUGGCAUUGCUUAGGACAAGUGAAGAUGGAGCAAGGCCCUUCAACAGACAGAUGGAAACUGUUUGAAAAUGUGAAUGAUGAGAUGUACAGAGCCCAGGCAGAAAGGAUGAGAAGAGGCGUGGAAGGCAGAUUAGAAUGAAAGAUAAAAUGGAGAUAAUAUAUUACAGCAAAUGUAUGUUGGUCCAGAUGCCACAUGUAUUUAGUCAGAAUUAGGUUUGGCUACAAAGGAUGGAAAAUCCAAAACAGCAGUAGUUUUUGUAAGAGAGAGGUCUAUUUAUUUUUCAUGUGGAAUUCCAGAUACAGGCAGGCCAGAGCCCUGAGAGCCUGGUGUCAGGAACUCAGCUUCAGCAGCUAUCUAGCCCCGCCGUGUUUUGCUCCUACUCUUGGUGUAAGAUAGCCACUGAAGCACCAGGCUUUGCAUCCAUAUCCCAGUCGGCAGUAAGAAGGACAGAGACAGAAGAUCAUGUUCUCCAAAUUCCCAAAACUAUGCAUACUGCUUCUGCUUAAUACCGCCACCCGGUAAGUUGUCCUAUGAACACAGGUAGCUGGAAAGGAGGUUGGAAAAUGUAGUCUUUAUUUGAGGUAGGCAAGGCUAAACAUUUGAAAUUUUAAUCCUAAGGGGAAAGAAAAUAAUGCAUAUUGAGGAUUAAAAGCAUGCCAAAGUGACUUUUUCUAGAUGUACCUACCUCCACCAAGAGAUUUUGGAAACAGAAUCAUUUCAGAGAAAACUCAGAGUCCACAUCUCUAGACCAGCAGAAAGCCACAGAAAAAAAUGUUUUGCCAUAA